AUGCCUUCGAUUAUCAAAGCAUUGGACGAAACGGUAGUUAAUAAAAUCGCAGCUGGCGAGAUCAUCGUAGGACCCGUGAAUGCUCUAAAAGAGAUGAUGGAGAACUCAAUUGACGCUGGGGCAUCGACUGUCGACAUUUUGGUACGAGAUGGGGGUUUGAAAGUGCUUCAAGUGACCGACAAUGGGUCAGGAAUUAACAAAAAUGACUUACCGGUCUUGUGCGAACGGUUUACGACAUCAAAACUUACAGCGUUUGAAGACUUGCGUUCGAUUCAGACCUACGGCUUUCGGGGCGAAGCACUGGCUAGUAUAUCUCACAUCGCCCGUGUUACGGUAACUACGAAGACUCAGGACGAAGCUUGUGCUUGGAAGGUAUCUUACGCUGCGGGUAAGAUGGUGGGAAGUCCAAAACCUACAGCAGGGCGUGAUGGUACGGUGAUUCUUGUAGAGGAUUUGUUUUACAACGUUCACUCAAGAUUGCGUUCGCUGAGGUCUUCAAACGAAGAGUUUGCCAAAAUUCUAGAUUGCGUAGGUCGUUACGCAAUCAACGCCUCUCAUAUCGGGUUCUCUUGCAAAAAAUUUGGUGAGGCCCAGUUUGCUUUGGCUGUGAAGGCCACCUCAACAACUAGGGAGAGAAUACGAACUGUUUUCGGUCGCACAGUAGCUGAGAACCUGGUAGAAUUGAAUAUAGCGGAAAACUCAGAAAUUGGUGUUUCCGGACGGGGCCAGGUCAGCAACCUCAAUUUUGUAAGCAAAAAAUCUGGUUCCCCUGUCCUGUUCAUCAACAACCGACUGGUAACUUGCGAUCCACUGCGACGUGUCCUUUACCAGGUAUAUGGCUCUUACCUGGCCAAGGGUAAUAAGCCUUUUAUCUUUCUCAGCCUCAGCAUACGUCCGGACUUAGUAGAUGUGAAUGUACACCCAACAAAACAGGAGGUACGUUUUCUGCAUGAUGAGGAGAUCAUAGGGUUGGUAGCGAAUCAGUUGGAAGACGCCCUUGCAAGCGAGGACACUUCGCGCUCUUUCAAAACUACAUCAAUAUUUACUCCUAAUCCGGUUUCCGUUAAGGAAGGAUUAGGACUGCCGCAUUCACAUUUGAUCAAUAACAUGCCAAUUUCUACGAGCACAAGCAAGAUCAAGCGCCAAGAAAAUAAAAUGGUCCGGAUAGACUCUUCGCAAGACAAAAUUACCAACUAUUUGAAGACCUUUGACCAUAACUCCGACAAGGUAAGAAUCGCUUCUCAAUCGCAACCGUCUCAUAAUGAUAGUAUCAACGUGCUAGCACCUUCAACUGCCCACGAAAAUGAAAUCAACGAUUAUGCUACAACCCACAAGGAUCUUGCUUAUUCGAUAUUGAAAAGUGAGCGGACUGACGUCAAUCUUGCAAGUAUCAAAACUUUGAGAAGAAUGGUUGACGAUGAUACUAAUAAAGACCUUACCAAUGCUUUUGCCAAUAUGAACUAUGUGGGAAUCGUCGAUGAACAAAGGAGGUUAGCAACAAUUCAACAUGAUUUAAGGUUGUAUCUAGUUGACUAUGGUUCAGUUUGUUUUAACUUGUUUUAUCAGAUCGGACUAACCGAAUUCGCCAAUUUUGGUAAAAUCUAUCUGAAUUCCGAGAAUGGUGAGGGGAUCUCUAUCUGCAAGAUGUUGAGUGAAACGCCCAAUGCUAAUGAAAAGUUUGUAUCGUCAUUGUUGCACAAACUUUGGGAGAUGAAAGAUAUGCUUGAUGAAUAUUUCUCAAUAGAGCUCAGUGGUAAUGACAAGGAUUUGGAUUCCAUUAGAGUCACAAGUUUGCCAUUAUUAUUGAAGGGCUAUAUUCCUCCCUUAUCGAAAAUUCCGUAUUUUCUGUACCGACUAGGCAGCAAAAUCGACUGGUCUGACGAGAUGGCAUGCUUGAAGGGCAUUCUGGUACAAAUUGCCCUUUUGUACGUUCCCGAAAUCAUCGAAAGAGUAGACCUUGCUGACGAAACGGUGGACAGCGAUGCGCGGGCCGCAUACAUCACAAAAUUGGAUCUGAUGACAACCACAUUGGAACGAACAAUUUUUCCCUGCAUCAAGAAAAGGCUUCUAGUACCUAAUCAUUUGAAGAAAAGUGUUAUUGAGGUGGCAAAUCUACCUGGUUUGUACAAAGUUUUCGAGCGGUGUUAA